GUUGAGAAACUAGUUUUUGUUGCAUUGUCCUCCUAUGCACCAUUUGACGGUAGUUGAGACAGAACUUGUCACUGAGCGAAGGGUGCUACGCGAGCUUUUAGAAAAGCUGGAAGCAGCGAGGUAUUAUGAAGCCGCAGGUGAUCGUGAUUUAUCUAUCAAGUACUAUAUGGAAACCCGGAUUGACAUACUUGAAGUAUUGCGGCAUUUUGAAUGUGAUAGCAAGCUCCUCGACGCGCUGCGUGUGCUUAUGUACAUAGUGGAGAAUGAGACCCUUAUGCAUCAUCUUGACAGAUUUCGUUCGAUGCAGCUUACAUCAAUAAUCAAUGACAAAAUGAACAUGCAUGCGAUACGGGCUAGCUUAGAGGCUGCGUCGAGAAACAAUUCAGCCGCUGCACUUUUUAAAGCAACAAAAGCGGAACACAAAAACAGCCAAAAUUUAAAACAAGCGAGUCGCUACAAAUUGCCGAGAGUUCCGAGUCCGUCGGAUAACGAGCACGACUUGUCGGAUCAGGCCCCAUCCGUCGGGCCGGGGCGACAGGCGGUGGGUCCGAGUGGAGCGGAGGCGAAGGCGCAAAGUCGUGGUUUGAUGGGCCGAGUGGCUUCGAAGGCGACUGCGGCGUCCGCGUCCGCUAGGGGAGUGGGUUCGAGUCAGAGGGGGGGAGGCGUUCAAGGUGGCGGUGAGGUGAAUCCCAGGACUCGGCGCGUCGUCGCGCCUUCGAGUCGAGCAGAAGCGGCCGCUUUGCCUAAGGAGUUAAAUUUGCAAAAAAAAAAAGUGUCGUCUGCUGCGACACACGCGGGUUGCUCGGAGGGCGCGGGGUUGUGUUCGGUGAACAAGAGCGCGCCGAGCGAGUGCGCCGACGAGGAGGCGAAUCGAGUGGAGGAGGCCGGCGACGUCGAAUCGAAAGAAGCGAGUAAGCCGGACAGAGAGUACGUUCCUCAAAACGCAGAGGACAACGAGUUGGUCAAGAUGAUCAAGAGCCACAUUCUGGACAGACAUCCAAACGUGCAUUGGAAUGAGAUUGCUGGAUUGGAGGGUCCAAAAAAGCUGAUAGAGGAGGCGGUAGUGUUGCCGAGGCUCAUUCCCGAUUACUUUCGCGGAAUUCGUCGACCUUGGAAAGGAAUUUUAAUGUUCGGUCCACCAGGUACCGGGAAAACCUUGCUCGCGAAGGCGAUGUCGACCGAGUGUGAGACAACGUUUUUCAACGUGACGGCGACAACUAUAGCUAGUAAAUGGCACGGCGUCAGCGAGAGGCUCGUCAAGCUGCUGUUCGAGAUGGCAAGGUUUUAUGCGCCCAGCACUAUUUUUAUUGACGAGAUAGACUCAUUGUGCAGCAAGAGAACGAAUAGAGAGCAUGAGGUGAGCAGGAAGAUCAAGUCGGAGCUUUUGGUUCAGAUGGACGGCUUGAAUUCCGCAUCACCAGAAGAGGCCAGUCGGGUGAUGGUCCUCGGUGCCACGAAUUUCCCUUGGGACUUGGACGACGCGAUCAUUCGCCGUCUGGAAAAGCGUAUUUACAUUCCCCUGCCGGACAAGGUUGGGAGGCGCGAAAUCUUGCGAAUCAACCUGAAGGGGGUGAAGAUGGCGGCGGACGUCGACCUCGAGGCGCUCGCGGCCAGGUUCGAGGGGUACUCUGGGGCGGACAUUACCAACGUGUGUCGAGACGCCUGUUUGAUGGGCAUGAGGAGAAGGAUUUGCGGGUUGACGACAGAAGAAAUCAAGAGUCUCAGCGCCGAGGACAUGGACAUACCGGUCACCCAGUCCGAUUUCAAAGAAUCGCUUAAAAAGAUCAACAGCUCCGUGAACGCCAAGGCGGACAUCGUGAGGUACGAGGCGUGGAUGAGUGGGUUCGGGUCGACGUGAAUAAACACAUACACACACACACAUAUUCAAAAGCGCA